AUGACUUCAGCAAGGAAAGUCAGCCGUUCGGUGCACGACCUGUUUGGCGAUUUCAGCGAUUUUUCCUUAGGAGAUUCAAAAAUGGAAGCAAUUAGAAACUUAGGAAUCAGCAGGAGUCUGACCAAAAUGACAGCUAAUCAGAGCAGGUUCCUGAAAAGGAACCAAAUAGAAGAGAGGAACCUCUUUCCCAAGGAGAGCCCCUUCCUCCGGGGUGGACCCAGGCCCUCUUCCUCCAGCCGGCCGCUGACCACCACCUCCCAGACCCGGGCCAGCGCUGCCCUCUUAAGGCUGGCCCAGAUAGAGACCAAGAUCAGAAACCGCCAGGCACAGAGGGGUUUGUCUGACACAGAUUCUGAUCUGAAGACCUUGGAUGCCAGCCUUCCCAAGGGGCUCGCUGAAGUCCCCACCAGGAGUACAGCUGAACCUUCUUCCCAGAAAUAUGCCCAUGAAACCCCCGCCUCUGAGAGCCAGGUGCAGAGCGGGAGUGGCUGCAGGUUCCUCAAGAAGAAAGAGCCGCCCAAAGCAACAGCCCAAGAAGCACGUUUGGGGAAAGAACCGAAUCUUCUAACGCCCCAGCUGGAAGACCCUGUUAAGACAUUGGACUCUCCAGACAGUGACGAAGAGGAAAUGACAGCGUUACUGGGGAGUCUGAUGGAAUCUUCUAGAGAAAGAGAAACACGUGGGAAUCAGUGCUUCACCAGCCUGAAAAUCAGCGAAAAGACACAAGUGAAAGUCUUCUCGACCCCCGGUUCCAGAGGCCCAGCCUCCGGCACAUCAGUGCGCUCGGGCAAGUCAGGGCGCACCAAGCUCCGCUCCUCUCCCAGAAGGAGCAACACCAGGCCCACAGAGUCGCUCUCCGAACCCUACAGUGACAGCCUGAAUGAUUUCAGACUCCACAUCCUGUCCCUCGAGGACUUGGCUCCAGCCAUGUGUGAGAAGUCAGACCUGGAAGAGGAAGGAGAAGGUGCUCGCUGGGUACAGCCAUCCCAUCCCAGCUCACAGGCAGAAGGGACUGCCCAGCAGGGGUGGCCCACAUGUACCCGGGCCUCGAGCGCAGUGCUCUUAGACAGUAAGCAAGGCCCCCUCACCGAGAGCGAGGUCUCGGAACGUCUGAGUACGACCAGCAGUACCCCCAGCAGCCCCCCGCCAUCCCAAGUUGCCCCUGCAAGCUCAGAAAGCUCAGCAUCCUGGGAAGGCCAGCAGAGCCUCCCCACUGAGAGCUUAGCCUACUCAGAAGACUUCGAGGCCUCCCCAGUCCUGACCGCCUCUGAGACCACAGGCUCCUCCCAGGUGUCUCUCGACAGAACGUCGGAGACCUUGUCAGAAUCCUCAAGUUGGGAAAGAAACCGUCCCCCACAAACGACCAAGGGCAGCAGAAAGUGGGAUCAGGAAGUGACCAGAGUGGUUGUGAAGGAGACGGCUGUGCAGACCCUAGAUCCUGCCUUCACUUACCGGUGGUCCGAGGUGGCCGGUGUGGCAGCCAUUAGCCCUGCCCUGGGAGGCACCUACGUUGACCCCACGCCCGUCGCCAGCCACGUGGUCAGUGCAGAUGCCAUCGAAGCUCUGACAGCCCACAGCCCAGCCAUGUUGGUGCUGAAUGACCUUCUGAGGAGGCAGCUGACCCUGACGCAGCAGUUCCUGGAGGCCAACCGGCACCUACACACCUCCCUGCUGGCCUCGCUGGACCAGGAUUCUUUCCACUACCACACUCUGGAGGAAGCCAAAGAGUACAUCCGAUGCCACAAACCAGCCCCACUGACCUUGGAGGAUGCUCUGGAGCAGGUGCGGAAGGAGCCAUGA